AUGGCACCGAAAUCCGUUCUCCUUGUCGGCGCCAAUGGCACACUAGGCGCCAAAAUCCUAGACUCCCUGGUCGCCGCCAAAUCCUUCAAGCUCAGCGCCCUGAAGCGCGCCGGCUCCAAGAGCACCAUCGCGUACCCCGCAGACCAAGUGCAAGUCAUCGAAGUCGACAACGACCUCUCCUACGAGGGUCUCAAAAAGGCCUUUACGGGCCAAGAAGUCGUUAUUGUCAGCUUCCGCCUGCGCGAUCUCGACCAGCACCUGCGCAUCGCCGAGGCGGCGUCCGCGGCGGGCGUGAAGCACUUUAUGCCCGCCGAUUUCGGCAGCAUCGAUGCCGAUAACCCCCGCGCGAGGGAGCUCAUCCCGCUGUACCGCUGGAAACGCGCCGCGCAAGAACUGGCGGACAAGAACCCGGAUUUCGCGUGGACGGGUAUCGUGUGCGGGCACUUUUUCGACUGGGGUGUCAAGGAGGGCUUCUUGCACGCGUACCUCGACACCAAGAAGAUCGACGUCAUUGACGGCGGAGAUAUCAAGGCCUCUGUUGCGACGCUGCCGAGGGUCGGCGAGGCCGUUGUGCGUAUUCUCAACUUGGGCAUUACUGAGGUGACGAAGAACAAGACGCUUUUCAUUCAGAGCUUUUGCAUCACGCAAAACGAGCUGCUUCAGAGUUUGGAGAAGGCGACGGGAGCAAAGUGGACUAUCAACAAGGUCGAAUCUGAGAGCUUCAUCGCAGAACACAAGGUCAAGGCCGAUGCGGGCGACGCUGAGGCGAUUGAGGACCUUGUCUUUGCCGUCGGGCAAUUAGAUGCAAACUGGACGAAGCGCGAUGACUUUGCCAUGAAGACUUUGGGGCUGGAGGAUGAGGAUUUGGAUACUGUUAUUGCAGAUGUUGUCGCCAACCCAGCAGUUUGA